AUGAAAGCUCGAACGGCCUCAGGGCCGGUCCUCUCACGAGUCACAUCCUCGUCAUUAAUAUGCUCGCAAUGCCUUCGCCAUGACCUCUCGAACCCAACCCCAAUCACCCAAUUACGAACAUACCGGCCGACCAGACGGAAGUCAGUCUCGCCGAUUGGGGCUGCCGUCUCCGCCGCGCAGACCAUCUUCAAAGGCCUCCCCAAGGCACCGCCGGGCAUCUCGGUCGAUCCCCUGCGUAUCGUAGGCAAGGAAUUGAAGUUCUUGACCAAGAAUAUCCGUCAAUUGCUGGGAUCAGGACAUCCGACUCUGGAUAAAGUCGCCAAAUACUACACCCGCAGCGAGGGCAAGCACAUGCGACCCAUGUUAGUAUUGCUCAUGUCCCAGGCCACCGCAUUGACGCCCCGGAAGAGUCGAGCCAACGGUGCAUCCUCUUCCGUUACCGUGAAUGACCCGAUCACCGCGCCUUCCAUCCUCGCCGAUAACAAUCCCGACCUCAAUCCGUUGGUAUCGUCGUCUCUGGAAGCGAAAUACGACUUUACCGGGGACGAGAACAUCCUGCCUACUCAGCGACGCCUGGCCGAGAUCACCGAACUUAUCCACACCGCCUCCUUGCUUCACGACGAUGUCAUUGAUAAUGCGGUCACCCGGCGUUCGUCCAGCUCCGCGAAUCUCCAGUUUGGAAACAAGAUGGCGGUUUUGGCAGGCGACUUUUUGCUGGGCCGGGCAUCUGUUGCCCUGGCUCGCCUGCGGGAUCCGGAGGUCACGGAGCUACUCGCUACUGUCAUUGCCAACCUGGUGGAGGGAGAGUUUAUGCAACUGAAGAAUACUGCGGCUGACGAGAAACACCCCGUGUUCACCGACGAGACGAUCGAGUACUACCUGCAGAAGACCUACCUAAAGACCGCCAGCUUAAUCAGCAAGUCCUGCCGCGCCGCCGCAUUGCUGGGAGAUAGCACCCCCGAGGUGGUGGAAUCGGCAUACGCCUACGGUCGUAACUUGGGACUGGCGUUCCAGCUGGUGGAUGACAUGCUGGACUAUACAGUGACGGAUGCCGAGCUGGGCAAGCCGGCUGGUGCUGAUCUGGAACUGGGCUUGGCUACGGCGCCCCUUCUCUUUGCAUGGAAGGAGAGCCCCGAACUGGGCCCGCUGGUGGGCCGGAAGUUCAGCCAGGAGGGCGAUGUACAACGGGCUCGUGAAUUGGUUGUCAAGUGCGACGGCGUGGAGAAGACUCGGCAACUGGCGCAGGAAUAUGCUGACAAGGCCGUUGCGGCGAUCAGCGGGUUCCCCGACAGUGAGGCCAAGGCCGGUCUGAUUCAAAUGUGCGAGAAGACCAUGAACCGACGGAAGUGA